CUGCAACAAUUUCAUCAUUUGAGCUUCACUUUCUCGGCAAAUAGGGCGCACAAGUGGCGGCUAUACACCAACAGCCUGGACUUGCAGGUCAAGGGCAAGGGAUCAACGAAGGCUCCCUUUGAGGGUAGGCGACUUGCGUUGUCCACUUUCAAGAAAGACAUUAGCGUUUGCACAGAGCGCUGUGGAAUCAGGUCCAGCAAGUGGUCCCCAAAGGAGCGCCUGUCCAGAGGAGCGGUGUACUGUCUUCCUUGGAUAGGCGCUCUCCGCGAGCGAAGUUCGUUCAAUUUUCUGAUAAAGAAAUAAGGUACACGUCAGGUUUUACCAAUAGCAUUGGGCCCCAGGGGCCAGCUCCGAGGGGCGGGGUGGGCUGGGACGACUUCUUGCAAAAUGAAGAUGGUAAUAUGCUGAUAUGAUGCAGGAAGGUUGCAUCCCCAAGGUUUUGAGCAUCUGUCCACGGUGACGGCAAGCCCCGCCUGCUCCUCAGCUCGUCUCCUUCUUUACAACCACACGACUGCGCUUCUAAGUGGUAUGACCAUGGAUGAAGCAAGGCACAGGAAACUUGCCAAGGGCUACGCCUACGAGCCAAUGUCAGGCCCCGUUGCCACGAGCGGCUAUCCAGACUUCGAAGGCAAACGGCAGCGGCAGCACUCUGCCAAGUAUUCAGACGAGAUGGUUCCGACGCCUCGUUCAAGCCAGGGUCAGUGGGACGCGCGCGGGGUAAAGCGCAAGGCUGAGCAUGCAAAUGGGGGGGCCCACUGGCAGGAGGGGGGCAGGGGGGAGUAUGUGGAUGAAGACGUGAAGGCCGCAAAGAAGAAGGCCAAGAAGGAAGCCCUCAUGCGGCAGUUGGCGGAGCUGCAGACGGCUAAGGCAACGCUUCGUCAGCGGGAGCAAGUGUUGCUGAGCGGUGGGUCUGCAAGGGACGACGAGUCGCGGGACGCUUGGCCGCAGAACGGGGGUGCGGCGCCCAGGCCGAUGCACCCCCCCCAGCAGCCGCAGCUGUCGCGGCAGGCGUCAGACGGCAAGGAGAAGCGGACGCCGAAAGCCAACGUGCUCUAUGCAAAUGAGUACGUGUCGGCACCGACUGGGCAGGACCACUUAGCAGCCCACGCGUUGAGCAAGGGGGGAUCGAACGGGAAGGCGGCGAAGCGGCCAGCCGGGGGGGAUGCGCGUGCCGAGAAGAUUGAAAAGGAGCGGGUGAAGCGGCGGGCGGCGAUCUGGAAGAAGAUCCUGGUGAUGCACAACAGGAAGCUGAUGGGGGACCGCCUGAACUCGUGGUAUUUUGCGGAGCCGGUCGACCCGGUACAGCUCAAUAUCCCAGACUACUUUACCGUGAUCAAGCACCCGAUGGACCUGGGGACGAUCCGGAAGAAGCUGCAGCGGGAGCAGUACGCGAGCUUCGAGCAGUACGCGGCAGACGUGCGCCUGACGUUCCGCAACGCGAUGACGUUCAACGGGCCCGAGAACAACGUGCACAAGGCGGCAAAGUUCCUGCUGCACGAGUGCUUUGAUCAGCAAUGGUGGCCCCCCAUCAUGCGAGACAUUCAGCAGGACCGUGAGCAGACCAGGAUCGAGGAGGAGGCGUUAGCUGAGGCCGAGUGGCAGGCCCCAAAAGUUCCGAAGGCCCCCCCGGCUGCGAAGAAGGCGCCCAAGGCCGCGAAGGCCCCCUCCGCAGCGCCGGCGUCGAGCAAGCAGAGCGGCGGGGGGUACGCGCAGCAGGUGCACAGGCCCCCCCCGCCGAAGCCGAAGGUCAAGCCGAUGUCGAUGGAGGAGAAGCGGGACCUGAGCAUCGCGCUGAGCGACAUGGGGGCGGAUCUGCUGACGGGGAUCGUGGAGAUCAUCAAGGAGCGGCACGCGGAGCUCAUGUCGAACGACGAGGAGCUCGAGCUCGACAUUGAUGCGCUGGAUGAUAUCACGCUGUGGGCGCUGAAGCGGUAUGUCGAAGAGAAGCAGGGGGAGGAGGCGGAGUCGCGGCCACCAGCGCAGGAGGGCGACGGUUCCACCAACCACGACCGGGAGCCCAUCACGCCCGCAGGGGGGUCCUCUGAGGAGGUGCCCUCGAAGCAGAAGAAGGCAAAGGGCCAGAAGUCGAGCUCCACCAGCUCUAGCAGUGGCUCCGAGUCGUCGGGCAGCGGCUCCUCUGGGAACUCCUCAGGUUCUGGCAGCGAGUCAGAGGCUGACGAGACCAAGCAGAAGAAGGCUGCCGGUUCGGGUGACCGCCGGGGGGGCCCUCCUGCCAGCGCCAAGUCCCCGGGCAAGGCGCCAAAACAGGGCGAGAGGGGCCAGCCUGCCAGCGGCAGUAAAGCGCAGCUGCCCCUGGCCCCAGCCCCCGCAGCGCCUGAGGCCAUCCCUGAGGCCAUUCCCGAGGCCAUUCCGGAGGUAGAAAUGACAGAGGAACAGCGCGAGAAGCACCGGCGAGCGCUGGAGCUCCGGGCCAAGUACACUGACACUAUCAUCCAGGCGCGCACCUCCGACCUAGGGCCAAAAGCGCCAGUGUCAAGGAGCGCUGAGGAGAUCCGCCGAGCGCAGGAAGAGCGGCGGCAGCGCGAGCUCGCGGAGGCGGCGCGCAUCCGGAAGGAGGCCGAGGUGGCGCGGGCCGCCGAGCGCCGUGCUCGGGAGGCGGCGGCGGCAGAGGAGAAGAAGAAGAUUGAGCAGCAGAGGGAGGCGGAGAGGCUGCGGCUACAGCAGUUCAACCGCGGCGUCGAGCUGGACAGCCACGACAUCGAGAAGGAGUACCAGAAGAUCAAGACGCUGUCCCCCCAGGACGAGAGCCGCAGCCGCAGCCCCCACCUUUCGCCACCCUCCCCCGAGGCAGAGGCCGAGGAAGACAGCCCCGGGGGGGUGAUGGAACAACUGGGCCUGGUCAUACGUCACGAUGACGACGAGGCCACAGAUGACGAGUAUGAUGACGAGGAAGAAGAAGCGAACGGGGCCACGGAGAAGGACAGCGAGGGGGAGGAGGAUGCCGCGAUGGAAGAGGGCGCGGGGGGUGCGCAGGCAGAGGAGGGCGAGAUGGAAGACGGGGAGAUUUGAGCGGGGGUGAGAUGCUCGGGGCUCAAGGUUGAGAAGUGUAGGCAACGAUCCGGGGUCGGUCUUUCAGUAUGCCCGUUUGUUACUAUGCGGUACAGUAGCUAGAGACGUAUGGAGGUCUCGUUGAAGUGCUCGAGUGUUCGGUCUCGGGGUUUGGUUUCCAGCAACGCGGCCGCGCAAAUGCGGUUUUGUUGUGCCGGCCGUCAAUAUCUUCAGAAAAAUAUAAACAAAAAUGUCGUGAAGUCGUCGUGGGCGAGAGUAAUUAGCUAAAUCUCAGCCUACCUAUUGUGGUCUAUAACAUGCAGGGUAGCGGGUUGGCAGAAUUUGUCAGUAUGUCACCUCCUAGGAUACGUACCUGGGAAUCAACUUUUUGAUUUGAUCAUGCAUCUAAUUCGAAUCUGUGGCCUACUGGCUGUAUUUAAAAUGAAGUCCUUUGAAUCAGA